AUGGUUCUUCUAAAGGGCUUUCUUUUUGUUUCAAACACUAUCUGCCUACUGUGUUCUCUUGUAUUAAUUGGAACUGGAGUUUAUGUUCAUGUUAAGUGUAGCUCCUAUGGUGAACACUUGCACAAUCUCUGGCAGACAGCAGCUUUUGCUGCAAUUGCUAUAGGAGUGAUCGUUCUUAUGGUAAGCUUUCUGGGUUGUUGUGGGGCAAUAAAAGAGAAUGUUGGUAUGCUGCAUCUGUAUUCGUUUCUACUCAUCAUACUUCUGGUCGCUGAGUUAGCUGCUGCUGCAGUUGCAUUUGUCUUCAGGAGCAAGAUCGAUGAUGAGCUUAACAAGUUGAUGACUGGUGCUCUAGAUAAUCCGACCAAAGAGAUCAUGGCAUUCAUGGAUUUGGUUCAGUCGUCAUUCCAAUGUUGUGGAGUCAAAGGUCCUGAAGAUUAUCAGGAAGAAAAGCCGAUGUCGUGUAAAAAUGGGGACGAAACGUACACAGAGGGCUGUCUGCCUAUCUUUGGAACAUUCCUUAAACGCAACCUCCUAAUUGUU